AUGGAGAAGAGAGGAAGCGCUGAAUUGCUAGCAGAUAAUUCGAAGAAUGCGAGCACGGAUUCAUUAAACUCCAGCAAAAGCAGCUCGCUCAACUCAAAAAUAGGCCAUGAAUCGAACUUGGGCGAUAGCGGGCCGCCAUUGUUAAACGGAGAGCGCCGCCAAGGAGUCGCAAGGGAAGUGACGUACCUCUGCCCCUACUCAGGGCCCUCUCGCGGGGUUCUAACUGUAACAAACUACAAGCUGUACUUCCGUUCGAGCGACCGUGAAACUCCGUACACAGUAGAGGUUCCACUGGGCGUGAUUUCGCGAAUAGAAAAAGUGGGCGGAGCCUCGUCUAGGGGCGAAAACUCCUACGGAAUCGAAGUGUUCUGCAAGGACAUGCGGAAUUUGCGGUUCGCACACAAGCAGGAGAACCAUUCAAGGCGAGACGUGUUCGAGAAACUCCACCAGUACUCGUUUCCGCUGAGCCACAAACUUCCGCUGUUCGCGUUCGAGUACUCGGAGACCUUUCCGGAGAACGGAUGGGCGGUCUACGAGCCAAUCGCGGAGCUCAAGAGAAUGGGCGUCAAUAAUGACAUGUGGAAGAUCACGAGGAUCAACGACAGUUACGCCAUCUGCGAUUCUUACCCCGCGAUCUGGGCGGUUCCUACGGCGGCUACUGACGAGGAUUUAGCGGCUAGUGCGGCUUUUAGGAGCAGGGGGCGCCUUCCGGUUCUUUCUUGGAUCCAUCCGGAGUCUCAAGCAACCAUCACCAGGUGCGCGCAACCUCUUGUGGGCGUCGCCGCUAAAAGGAGCCCCGAAGACGAAAGGUAUGUUCAGCUGAUCAUGGACGCUAAUGCGCAGAGUCACAAACUGUUCAUCAUGGACGCUCGGCCCAUGCCCAAUGCCAUUGCCAAUCGCGCCAAAGGGGGCGGGUACGAGUCCGAAGACGCCUACCAGAACGCCGAACUCGUUUUUUUGGAUAUUCAUAAUAUUCAUGUGAUGAGGGAGAGCAUGCGGAAGCUCACGGAACUGUGCUUUCCGACUAUUGAUGAGACUAAAUGGCUCUCUGGGAUUGAGGCUACCAUGUGGCUCAAGCAUCUUAAGUGCAUUUUGUUUGGAGCUGUCGAAAGUCACAAAACAUCAGUGUUAGUUCAUUGUUCCGACGGUUGGGACAGGACAGUUCAACUCACAGCCUUAGCAAUGUUACUCUUGGACCCCUACUACAGGACCAUAAAAGGGUUCGAAGUGCUGAUCGAGAAAGAAUGGCUGUCUUUUGGCCACAAAUUCUCCCAGAGGAUUGGUCACGGGGACGAGCAUCACAGCGACGCAGACAGAAGCCCGGUGUUCCUCCAGUUCAUCGACUGCGUCUGGCAGAUCACCCAGCAGUUCCCGAACGCCUUCCAGUUCAACGAGCACUUCCUGGUGACUAUCCUGGACCACCUCUACAGCUGCAGGUUCGGAACUUUCCUCUUCAGCAGCGAGAGGGAAAGAGUCGCUGAAGGAGUCAAGCAGAGAACGGUGUCGCUCUGGUCGAUGAUCAAUUCUCAGCUCGCGUUAUACAUGAACCCCCUCUACUGGGCCGGGUAUCAGACGGUGCUGCUGCCUACCGCCAGUAUGAGGUACGUCAAGCUCUGGAAGGGGCUCUACUGUCGCUGGAACCCCAGUAUGCGGCAACAGGACCCUGUUUAUCAGAGGACCAGAGAGUUGCUCGUCUUGAAAGAACAGUUGGAGAAGCAGGCUGAGGAGUGCAGGAAGGAACUUAAUGUCCGGGCUACCAGGAAUCAGAGGAUCCAAAUUCAUAGUUAA